ACACAUUUUCAGAGCAUCACCGAAUAGAAACCUCAAAAAUUGGAUGCUGAGAAAGGAUCCUCGAUUGAAAUGGUCUACGGAGUAGCCUACCAAAGCUAGAGUUCUCGCCAAAUCAUAUGACCUACUAUCAUAAUGGCCUCUUGAUCUCAAAAUCAACGGAGUAAAGUCUGAGUAACUGGAGCUAUCCACAACUUGUCAUGAACAUCAGACGACCUAGAAAUGGCAUCUAUAACGGACUUACAGCGGAGCAGCGGCAAAGUCCCUGAAGACAUCCUAAACGAGGAUAUUCUCGCGCGUCUACUCGACCAAACCAUCACCAGCACGGAUCCCAACCAGGACAAUGAGAACAUCACGGACGGGGGAUUCCAGAACCCUAUUCCUCCAGUCUACACCAGAGGCUAUCCUGCCCCGUCGCCGGGCGCCGGGACAGGGAUUUUUUCUGGGACGGAUAUCCCGGUCGGAGGGACCGUCAUGCUCAUCCAGAGGCCGUUCGUGGCAGUCUUGGAUACUGAGCGGUUGCAGGAUACCUGCUCCGGAUGCCUUGGGCAGCAUCAUUACAACAGAGAUGCCAACGUCGAGUUGAAGGCUUGUACGGGGUGUCGGGUUGUGAAGUAUUGUAAUAAGACCUGCCAAGCGAAAGACUGGAAGUUCGCUCACUCGUUCGAAUGUCGGAUUUUCAAGGAGUUGAUGCCCAGAGUACUUCCCAGCAAUGCCAGGGCUAUUCUCCGGAUGGUCCUGCGUAGUGAGCGCGGCAAAUAUCCAAAGGAGGAGCUGGAGCUCUUCCGCAAACUGGAGAGUCAUAUGGACGAGAUCCAAGCGCAGAACUGGGAACAGUGGCAGCGGAUAUCUCUGACGGCGAAGGCCGUGAAGAAGUACUCUGGAUGCGCUAUGGAUGAAGAAAUGAUAUGUCACUACGGUGCCAAGCUGGAAUUAAAUUCGUACAACUUCCACAGUCCCUUGGCUGAUCGUCUGGGAUUCUACCUGCACCCAUACGCGGCUCUAAUCAACCACAGCUGCGACUACAAUUCCGUCGUCGGCUCAGACGGCGACGCCCUCUACGUGAAAGCUCUUCGCCCAAUCCAAAAAGGCGAAGAGAUACUCGUAUCGUACAUCGACGCCACAAACCCGUACAAAACCCGCCAGAACGAGCUCUCGGAGCGAUACUACUUCAAAUGCCGAUGUCCCAAGUGCGGAAAAGGCACAAGCACACGCGAAGACCGCUUCCUCGGGCAACCGCACGACGUCUCUGUCCCGGAAGACGCCGAGAGCGCCGCAAUGAAUGUGUUAAACCGGGUCGGUAGUUCACGGUUGAGCCCAUCAGAGGCCGCCGAUGAGAUCAAACGAGCCAUGAAGGCCCUACACAGGACCGCUGCGUGGCCGAUUACCCGGCAGCCGAUGGUCGCCCUGCGAGACGAGCUGAUCACCUGUCUUCUUUCAGAGGACGAACCCUACGAGGCAUUCGUGCACGCUGCGGUCCGCUUCCGGCUUGUUGAUCCCGUUGUGUAUCCUGAACCGGGGCAUCCGACUCGGCAGAUGCAUGCGUGGGUAUUUGCGAUGCUCGCCAAUGAGCUGAUGAUGCAGGGGGUGCCGGCGUUACGCGGGAAGAAGGAUUCAUCUGCCGUGUGCGCGGCUAUCUGGCAGUCUGUUCUCUUCUAUCUCAUGAAUGAACUCGAAAUGAGUUCUGCUGUGCCGACGCUGAAGAAAAUAAUCAGGAGGGCGUUCGCCGAGGGGCCGGUGCAGAUGUAUAACCAUGGCUUGAGACGGAGUCCUGGCGAGUUGAUCCAUUCCAUGCGGAGAGCGUGGAGCGAGCUUGAUGAAAUCAUUAAUGAGGCAUUGGAGAAGGAGAAGGCUUGAUUCAUGAAAACCGAUGGCUUGCGAUGAAUCUAGUAGUGCUGUGCGUUUUGGGUCAGGAUCCGUCCCAAGCUCUACAGUCGAAGGUGAAAUAAAUAGAUGCUUGAGGAUCCUUUAUAUUCCCUCAAAAUCGUUAAGACAAUAGCAAAAGGGAAGUAGGCCAGUUGGAC